AUGCAGCUCUCUCGGCCUCAUCUCCGCGUCGCAAAGGCUCGCUCGGCCUUUGCGGAGGGGAAUGCCCGUUGGACUAAUCGUGAUCUUGACCCGAUUGCUCGUCUUGAUCGCAAGUGGGGAGUUGCUAGUCUCAUAGCUUACUGGAUUUCCGAUGCCUUCAACGCUGCUACUUGGCAAUUCGCCAGUAGUAUUAUUGCCGUCGGGUUGACCUAUCGCGAAGCGCUUGCCAUUGUGGCCAUCUCCUUCUUCAUCAUGUCCUUCGUCAUUGCGGGGAACGGCGCGGUCGGCGCCAUUUACCACGUUCCUUUCCCCGUCAUUGCGCGUGCCAGCUGGGGUUUCUGGGGAUCGUAUAUUGCCAUCAUUUCGAGACUGAUUCUUGCGAUAUUUUGGUUCUCGAUUCAAAAUGUAAACGGGGCCAAUGCGGUUCGAGUCAUGAUCGGGGCCAUCUGGCCGAGCUAUCUGACGCUGCACAAUGAUAUUCCUGAAUCUCAGGGCAUCACGACUAACACGAUGAUCGGAUUUCUCAUUUUCUGGAUCGUCCAACUACCUUUUCUCUGCUUACAUCCUAACCGACUGCGUUGGCUAUUUACCGUGAAAUCCGUGCUGGUUCCCAUUGCCUGGAUCGCCAUCUUGAUUUGGGCCUUUGUGGCAGAGAAAGGUGGCGGAGGUGUCUUCAAACAGCAAAAGCCUUCUGUUUCUGGAUCGAGUUAUAGUUGGUUAUUUCUGGCCAACAUGACUAGUGUGCUGGGGAACUAUGCCACACUCAGUGUUAAUCAGAACUCCGUCCGACUAACUCUCAGACAGUCAGAUUUCUCCCGCUACUCGCGCGUCAGCCCUCGAUGGCAACUUCUCUAUAUUCCCAUGUUACCAAUCGUCUUCACCUUCAUCUCAUUCAUUGGUAUUGCCGCUUCGUCAGCUGGUCAAGCCCACUAUAAUCUAGCAGAGCUCCCCUGGGACCCAUUGGUUCUUAUCAGCUACUGGCCAAACCGGGCAUGUCGGUUCUUUGCCGCUUUCUCAUUCGCCCUCGCAUCACUCGGUGUUAAUAUCUCGGCCAAUUCAAUAUCCGCCGCCAACGAUUUCACAGCCCUUGCCCCCGAGGUAUUGAACAUUCGUCGUGGCCAGAUACUCUGUGCCAUAUUAUCGUGGGCCCUGGUACCUUGGAAGAUUCUGGCAUCAGCGGGUAACUUUCUCACAUUCAUGUCUGCGUAUGCGAUCUUCCUCGGUCCCAUUGCGGCAAUCAUGUUACUUGACUUUUGGGUCGUCAAUCGUCGGCGAUACGAUUCUCUGGCGUUAUAUCAGCCCUGGAACCCGAUAUAUCGUUAUAACUUGAAAGUUCCCGGCUUGUCACGAUCAAUACAUGGCAUAAAUUGGCGCGCUCUUGUCGCCUUUCUUGUUGGUGUUGCUCCCAAUUUGCCUGGUCUCAUCAAUGCGGUCAACCCGAAUGUUGUUGUGGGAGCAGGCGUGCAUCCGUAUCAAUUCGGUUGGUUAUUGGGCUUCUUUGCGACGGCCCUGGUUUAUCUAGUCCUAUCUUGGUCCUUUCCUGCUCAGGAAACGAAGAUUGAUCGCGCGAUAUUACCCGAAGAAGUCUACGAAGGGGCCGAUACUCACGCUGUCGUGGAGGGCUUGGAUACAGAUGCUAGUAGCACGGAGAAAGCAACGACUCCGGCGGUAGAGAAGCAGCUGCCCGGUGAUUUCGGCGCGAAGAUUGUUUAG